AUGGCUUUCACACCUGUGAUCAUAGGCGUCGCAGACGUCAAAAACAAGUCUCAUGUCCACAAGGAGCCCGCCACACUGAUGUUCGAGGCAAUCUCACACGCGAUAAAUGACACAGGUCUCGCAUCUCUUGCACCAGUCGCAUCACAGAUCGACAGCAUUGAUGUCGUCAGGACGUGGACCUGGCCAUACGCCGACCUCCCUGGCCUGCUCGGGAAGUGGCUGGGGCUCGACGAGAGACCCGCGUGGACGCGGUACACGGAGCACGGAGGAAAUGAACCGGCGAAGCUGGUGGACGAGGCAGCGGGACGUAUAGCCAGGGGCGAGAGCAAAGUGGCUGUUGUGACUGGAGGCGAGGCGCUGGCUUCUGUGACUGCAUGUGCGAAAGCUGGUCAAGCCGAGCCACCGGGCUGGACUAAGCCAGCGACAUCAGUGGAUGAAGUGUUCUCGCCAUCAACCAUGGAUCUUGGUGAAGACAUUGGUGGAAUACACUCUAUUGGUGCACCAAUCCAUAUAUAUCCACUCUACGAGAACGGUUUCAGGGCGCACCGUGGCCAGACAAUGAAGGAAAACAACGACGAAUCUGCCGCCCUGUACGCAGAGUUUGCACAAGUCGCUGCAAGGAACCAGUAUUCAUGGAAUUAUGGAAACCCCCCUGCGACGAAGGAGGAGAUAGGGGUUGUGUCGAAAAGGAACCGCAUGAUUUGUUCGCCAUAUCAUCUCCUCAUGAAUGCCUUCAACACCGUCAAUCUCGCCGCGGCCGUCGUCUUGACAUCGACGGAAAAUGCUAGGGAGCUUGGUGUACCGGAGGACAAAUGGGUUUAUCCUUUGGGCGGCGCUGGGAGGAAGGAGAAGGAGCGCUUCUGGGAGCGACCCAACUUCCAUCGCAGUGAAGCGAUAUCAAUCUCUUUGGAUGAGUGCCUUUCACGAUCAGGAAUCACGACUGCGAAUAUCGAUAUUCUGGAUCUGUACUCAUGCUUCCCGAUAGUCCCGAAGCUGGCCUGCCAACAUCUAGGCCUUCCGAUCCUCAACAGCACUAAGCCUUUGACGCUUCUAGGAGGUCUCACAUCAUUCGGUGGGGCCGGCAACAACUAUUCUAUGCACGCCAUCACUGAGAUGUCCCGACAACUGCGCGACGGGAAAGCUAGGAACGGACUCAUACUCGCCAACGGUGGGGUGCUGUCGUAUCAGCACGCUCUAUGUUUGUCCUCAGAGCCGCGAACAAAAGGAUCGCCGUAUCCAGACAGCCGUGGCUCUUCUGCCGCCAUCGUAGGGGCUCCGGCCCAGGUCGAGCCAUUUGCUCAGGGAGAAGCCAUCAUCGAGACAUACACCGUACAGUUCGACAGGGAUGGUAAUCCAGAAAUUGCUUUCAUCAUCGCCCGUCUGAAAGACAAUACUCAUCGAUUCGUUGCCAACCAUGGCGAUAAACGGACGCUGCAGGAGCUGGCAUCUGAUGUCGAGGAGCAGAUUGGGAAGUCUGGGUACGUUGACAUUAAGCGGGAUGACAAAGGAGACCCCGAAAGCAAUGUCUUCUAUUUGGGGCCUAAGCCGAGGAUCUAA